CUCCUCACUCGCUCAUCCUCUCAUACUUACCAUACAGCUGCCCAUUGACACACACAACCAUCCCCGCGUCUACCUCAUUGGCAGCUCUGAUAUUCGUCGCGCCCACUUGUACAGAUGGCAUCUCCCUGCCCGUCCUCAUCCUCCCCCUCUUCCUCCACCACCGCCUCCCCACCCAGGAGCAGCAGCGCCACCCACACCACCAAUCCCCUCUACAUACCAGCAGCUCCUCGCGCAGCCACUUCAACCACCAACGGCGGCAAGGCUCCUCCCCCUUCCAUCUCACACCGCCUCUAUGUCGGCAACCUCCACCCCGCCGUAUCCGAGUACGACCUCGUGCAGUUGUUCAACCCUUAUGGCAAGAUCAGCAAGCUCGAUUUGCUCUUCCACAAGUCAGGACCUUUCAAAGGGAAGCCAAGAGGAUAUGCCUUCGUGGAAUAUAUAAAGGAGGAGGACGCAGCGUUGGCCAAGGUGGAGAUGGAGGGAAAGGAGGUCAGGGGAAGGAAGGUCGCUGUUAGCUUUGCCAACAAGUCCGAAUAUGCUGAGCAGAGUACCACUGGCCCUGUGAGACGCAACCGCGCCAGAGACGAAGACUUCAAGCCCACAACGCUCAGCCUUGUCAAGAAUUCGCAGCAGCCACAAGGCACCGACGCCAAGAUCGCAGCUAUGGAAGCUCGCCUGCUAGCCAUGAAGGCAUCCAAGAACAAGGGGCCUCCUGCCGCUACGGGCCAGCCCGAUGGAGGCAAGCCGGGCGUUCUCAAACUCGCCCCUGCAACUGCCGGGCUGCCCAGAAGGCCACAGACGAAGCGUUGAACAUAGAUAUUCAACGUGGGCGCGAGUAGUACAAGUACAGUACACCAAGUCGUUGGGCAGGCAGAUUCAUAGCAUUUUGAGUAUGAAGCGGCCCUCAAUCCGACGCACUAGGGCUCAUACACCAUUGGCAAAGCGCAAUACUUCACUGAGACGCUCAUUACUUCUUGUCCAUCUCGGAAAUUUUGGCAACAGCUGUGGAGCUUCGACGACUCAUCAAGCCCACAGGGAUCCGCUGUUACGAGCGUGCUCGUUAUAUCUCCCUCCCUUUCUCUUGAAUUGGCUCAAGAUUUCAUCAAUCUGCUU